CGAGCACAUCCCCGGGUGUCAAGACUCCCCCAUCUCAGAAGCCAAGCCGACCCUCUCUGUCCCGUGCAAUAUGGGCCCAAAACAUUCGGAUGCCGUGGUGGUCGAAGAGCAGGCGGACCCACCCCCACCCUCACUCCCACUCCACGAGGGUCCGGAUGAGGCGCUGGAGACGAAGAUCCGAUGGAAAGUCGACCUCCGGCUGUGUACGGUCGCGGGGACCCUCUGCAGUCUGAACCUGCUGGAUUCGGGCAUCUUGUCGUCGGCCUCGGUCACCAGCAUGCCCGACGAGCUGGACCUCCGCGGCACGCGGUAUUCCGUCUCGAUCUUCAUCUUCACCAUCGCCAGUGUGGUCUUCCAGCUGCCCAGCACCAUGGCAGUGCGCUGGGUCGGGCCCCGGGUCUGGCUCGCGUGCAUCACCUUCGCCUUCGGCCUGAUCACCCUGUGCACGGCCUUCGUCCACACGUGGCAGCAGAUGAUCGCCCUCCGCGUGCUGCUGGGCAUGUCCAUGUCCGGCAUCUACCCGGGUCUGACCUAUCUGAUCAGCGCCUGGUAUCCUCGCCGCGAGCAGCAGCUCCGGUUUGCCCUCCUGCAGUCGGGCGAGGUCAUCGGUCUUGCGACGGGCUACAUCGUCGACUACGGCCUCAACCUGCUGGAUGGGAGUGCGGGUCUGCAGGGCUGGCGCUGGAUGUACCUGAUCCAGGGCCUCAUCACCUGCGUCCUGGGCCUGGCCACCUACUGGUGGAUCGUCGACUUCCCGGAGAAUGCGCAUCACAGCUUCCGCUUCCUCUCCGAGCGCGAGGCUCGCAUCGCGGCGCAGCGCAUCAGGGCGGAUCGCGACGAUGUCCUCCCCGAGCCGUUCUCGUGGCGCCAGGCCCUGGCCCCAUUUGCGGAUCUGAAGCUGUACGGGUUCGCGUGCAUGUACUUCCUGCUGAAUCUCGUGUCGACCGCCCUGAACUACUUUCUCCCUCUCAUCCUGGAGACAGGCAUGGGCUUCUCGAGCAACGACUCGCUCCUUCUGUCGAUGCCGCCAUACUACUGGGCCGUCAUCCCCGUCCUCUUCACCUCGUUCGUGGGGGACACGUUCCGCAUCCGCGGCCCGCUCAUCAGCUUCAACGCCCUCUGUCUGAUUGCGGGAUUUCUCAUGUUCGGACUCCCGUCCUCGACGCAGGUCGCCGUCCGGUAUAUCGGCACCUUCCUCGCCACGGGCGCGUAUGUGUCCAACUGGGCGGCGCUGAACGCCUUCAUGGCCAACAACGUCGUGGGUCAGUGGAACCGCGCCACCACCGCCGCCGCCGUGUCCGCCUGUAACGGUCUGGGCGGCAUCGCUGGCAGCUACAUCGUGCGCGAGCAGGAGGCCCCGCGCUAUCCAACGGCGGUCUGGGUGUCGAUCGGUUCGCAUAUCUUGAUGCUUGUCAUAGUGGGUGUGUUUACGGUGUCAUUCUGGCAUCUGAAUCGACAACAGGAGAGAGGAAGGGUGUUGCAGAAUAUGGUUGGAUUCCGCUAUACAUAUUGAGUGGAGCAAAUAUAUGAUAUACAUACAUACCUACAUACAUACAUACACAUACAUAUAUGGGGGUUGUUCCCGCACGGCU